CAAGUGUUUACCUGGUAAACAACAAAGUUGAAACAGCAGGACGAAAACCAGUUAGAACGCUCAUUUUCACCAUUUUCUUCUACUUGAUUCUUUCAUAUUCAAAGUUCGAUUUCCUUGGGUUGCAAAUCUGGCUUCCAUAAAAUUCUACUUUUUACUUGGAUGAUUGCUUGUGCGGCGACGAGUUUCGAUGUCAAGACAAUCGUCCAUCUCUGUCGCAGUUCGAGUUCGUCCAUUUAGUACCAUUGAAUCCGCCAACUUACUUGCGUCUUCAGAUGGGCAGUCUCUAGCAAGUUCACUUUCUUUUAAAAAUCCAGGAGUAUGCCGAGGGAUUCGAAGAGUGGUAAAGGUUUUGGAUGACCGUGUACUGGUCUUUGAUCCUCCCGACGAUGCUUCUUCCAUGCACGCUGGCGGUAGACGAAUGUCUGCUCCUCAGCGUAACAUCUCUCGACUUUCCGGUAGAAAAGGAAACUUUACUGGAUUUGGUCGCGAUCUUCGUUAUGCUUUCGACAGAGUAUUCGAUGAAACUGCCUCGCAGCAAGCCGUGUAUGAGCAAACUGCUCGCCCUCUCUUGGACAAUAUUCUAGAUGGGUUCAAUUCCACGGUUUUUGCGUAUGGUGCUACUGGUUGUGGUAAAACUCAUACAAUCACCGGAACGAAAGAGGAUCCCGGCAUUGUGUAUCUGACUUUAAAGGAGCUUUUUGAACGAAUGGACGACUUGAGGGAUGAAAAAAUAUUUAGUAUCUACGUAUCUUACUUAGAAAUUUAUAAUGAAACCAUUCGGGAUUUGCUGACUGAGCAACCGUUUGCUCAGUCCAAACCUCUAACGCUGCGCGAGGACGCUGACCGUCGAAUUACCGUUCCAGGACUAACCUCUUUAUCUCCUACCUCUCUUGAAGAAUUAAUGGAAAUUGUUGCUCGUGGAAAUGGAAAUAGAACCAUGUCACCCACAGCAGCAAAUGUUGCCUCUUCACGAUCUCAUGCUGUCUUGCAGGUUUCUUUGGUACAAAAGCCGCGUACUGCAGGUAUUAAUGAAGAUCACGCUUUGGCUACCUUGUCCGUUAUUGACCUUGCUGGCUCAGAACGUGCAAAUGCUACUAAAAACCGAGGAGGCCGUUUAUUGGAGGGUGCCAACAUUAACAAAUCGCUUUUGGCUUUGGGAAACUGCAUAAAUGCUUUGUGCGAUCCACACAGAAGGGCACACAUUCCUUACCGUGAUUCAAAAUUAACGAGACUACUCAAAUUUAGCCUUGGUGGUAAUUGCAAAACUGUGAUGAUAGUAUGCAUUUCUCCCUCAUCAUUCCACUAUGAAGAAACCCAUAAUACCUUAAAAUAUGCUAAUCGUGCUAAAAACAUAAAAACAGAGGUUUUGAGGAACAUGAUUAGCGUUGACAGGCAUGUUAGUCAAUAUGUAAAAGCUAUAGUGGAUCUUCGCCAACAAAUAGCUGAACUCGACAGCAGAUUAGCGAAUCCUGCCUCGUCUGCCUCCGUAGCAGCAACCGCAAAGAACCAAGCAGCUGCGCAAGCUAAAGCUUGCGAAUCAAAGUUAAUGGAAGCUAAAGAUUUACUGCGUGCUACCUUUUUGGAAACAUUACCUUUGCAAAAAGACACAAUUGGAAAAGUUGAGAAAGUCAAGCACUAUGAUGAUUCUAUCAAUAUUCUAAAAUAUUGGAUAUCUUCUUGCGAACGGAUCGCUGACAGCUCAUCCAGUGAAAGGCUACUUUUAGCAAAAUCAAAGUUAGAAUCAUUGUUAAUACAAAGGUCUGCUAUCAUUGCUGACGUUAAUCCUGAAAAGGUUUAUGAUGCCUUUCAGAAAAGUGUUGAUCCUGUUGUAAGCUAUUUUAAAGAAAAUAAUGCUAUGAUGUAUGCGGAUAUCUUACAGGAUGAAAUUGAUCUAUUGAAAUCCAUAAUUGAAAACCAAAUUUUGGAUGCACAAAGCAAAGUCGAUGAUUACACUCCUGUAUUGCAAAAGUUGAUGGAGAUUUCCUUUAAGUCACUUACCCAAUCCAAGCAAAAAAAUCAAGCUGUACUGAGUAGCCUGCUGAAAACUUGGUUAUCAGAUCUUGGUUCUAAGGAUAAACAUAGCAUGUAUCAACUUUACCACAUGGAAGACUACGAUAAGGCUAGGCAACGUCUCGCAAAGGAAACGUCUAUCCCUACCUAUUCAUCUUCAUCUCCUUCUAAGUUGCCAAAGAUAUCAAAUUCGCCUAGAAGGUUUACGGUUAAAUCACCUAAAAAGCCGGUUGUUUUUCCUAAAAGAUCACCCAAAAAACGAGUGCGUUUUGAUGAUUCAAUGUCUACUUCAGAUUCAAGCGUUUCUGCUUAUAACUCUCCAGAACAGUCGCACUCAAAGAAUAUUCCUUGGUCCAUAGAGAACAUGCCUCCACCCCCUUCUUUUCCUUUAACCAUUUCUUCGAAAGGCAAUACGUUGGAUCUUACUGAGGCUUUAGAUUCUCCACAAUCUUCUCUUCUGGAAGAUAAACCAGAAGAUGAAGAGGAUAAGACAGUUGAGCUGGAUGAAUCACUACCAAAUAAUUUGGAGCCCUUAUCCACAUCAAAUCUGGAUGUGGAAAUGGCAAACAUUUUCGGAGCGGAAUCUUCGAAUGAAGAAGUUUCUUUACCUCACUUGGAUACAAUAGAUCUGGACGCAAGUCCUAUCUCUAGUACUAAUAAAGUGGAAGGUGAAAAGCCUAGUUUCGAUCAACAUCAAACGUUGCAAAAAGAUCCUUCCCAAACUCCAGCUACUUUGAAUUCAAACGAUGUUAAUCUACCAACUGGAAACAAUCACCAAAACCUUAGUUCUUUGACAUCCUUGCGUCUUUCCAAUCCAUCCAAUAUUCGAAGAUCAUUUUUAGUUACAAAGGAUUCACAAAAAACAAAUGAAUGACAGUUUACGAGCAACAUACUGCGCACUUAAAAAGGUUAUGAUAACAUAAGGAUAUAUUGCAUAUACAAUAUUUAGAAACGAGUAAAUGAAUAAUUUAUUACUUAAAUGUUUCCCAUAUAUUCAUGAAACUAAUACGACAUAAGAGUACGAACUUACAACACCAUCAGA